CCCACCCUGCGCGGCUGCGGAGAUGGAGAAAUGGGACCUGGAACGCGCUUUGCUGGUGCAAAGGGAAGGAUCGCUACUGCAGUGAAUCGCCUCAGACUCUCUCUCUCCCUCCCUCCCCCUCCCUCCCGCCUCUGCCUUUCCCGACAGGGCGCCCUCCCGGCUCACUUUCCCCUCACCCAACAAUGCACAGCAGCGGGGACCACCCGGAGCCCGGGCGAUGCCGUCCUGGGGCCUGCGCGCUCCCGCCCCGGGCAGAGGCCUCGACUGGGCGCCCAGCAACCACCAGGAAGGUCGGAGGGAGGUGCGCUCCUCCGCCCCACACCCAGCGCGGAGCAGGAUAUAUAGAGUCACGUUUGGGAGCCCGGAGAGCAGAGGCGCGGUGCCCAGCAGCUCCAGAGUCCCCGUGUGCCCGGGAGGACCGUGACCGCCGGCCGCCCGCAGCGAAGCAGCAGGACCCUCUUCCCGGAAGCACACAGGAAAGCAAGAGCCAUGUCCAUGAUCGCAGCUUUCUACAGCAGCAAGUCUAUCCUCAUCACAGGGGCCACUGGCUUCCUGGGCAAGGUGCUGAUGGAGAAGCUGUUCCGUACCAGCCCCCACCUGAAAACCAUUUACAUCCUCGUGAGGCCCAAGGCCGGACAAAGCCUGCAGGAGAGGGUCUUCCAGAUCCUCAACAGCAAGCUGUUUGAGAAAGUCAAGGAAGUCUGUCCAAACGUGCAUGAGAAGAUCAGGCCCAUUUCUGCAGACCUCAACCAGCGCGACUUCGCCAUCAGCAAGGAGGACAUGCAGGAGCUGCUGUCCUGCACCAACAUCAUCUUCCACUGUGCAGCCACAGUGCGCUUCGAUGCGCGCCUCAGAGAAGCUGUGCAGCUCAAUGUCACCGCCACCCAGCAGCUCCUGCUAAUGGCCAGCCAGAUGCCCAAGCUGGAGGCCUUCGUCCACAUCUCUACCGCCUUCUCCAACUGCAACCUGAGCCACAUAGAUGAGGUCAUCUACCCGUGUCCUGUGGAGCCCAGGAAGAUCAUCGACUCCAUGGAGUGGUUGGAUGACGCCAUCAUAGACGAGAUCACCCCCAAGCUGAUUGGGGACCGGCCCAACACCUACACCUACACCAAAGCCUUGGGAGAGAUCGUGGUACAGCAGGAGAGCGGAAACCUGAAUGUGGCCAUUGUCAGGCCAUCCAUAGUGGGAGCAACCUGGCAGGAGCCAUUCCCGGGUUGGGUGGAUAACUUAAACGGCCCCAGCGGACUCAUUGUUGCGACUGGGAAAGGAUUUCUUCGCUCCAUAAAGGCGACUCCCAUGGCGGUGGCAGAUGUGAUUCCCGUUGACACGGUCGUCAACCUCACCAUAGCCGUGGGGUGGUACACGGCGGUGCACAGACCUAAAUCAACAUUAAUCUACCAUUCCACAUCUGGUAAUCUCAAUCCAUGUAACUGGUAUAAGAUGGGAUUACAGGUCUUGGCGACCAUGGAAAAGAUCCCAUUUGAGAGUGCUUUCAGAAGGCCGAACGCUGACUUUACCACCAACAGCUUCACCACGCAGUACUGGAACGCUGUCAGCCACCGCGCCCCCGCCAUCAUCUAUGAUUUCUACCUGAGGCUGACCGGGAGGAAACCCAGGUGAGAGGUGCAGCAGCGUUCAGAGGUCGCUGCACAGUCCUCCCUGCGGCUGAGGACUGAGCAAGAC